AUGCCUGCAUCUACUGUAAACAGCCGUUCCUCUCCGAAACUCUGUGCUUCGUUUGGUUGAAACGAAUGUGAAAUAAAAGCACGAAUAUCCUAAUGUACUAGUUUGCAGUGGAGCCAUGUAGAGCGAGUGCACACAUUCCGGGAGUUGUUUUUAAGAGUACGAAACAUUAAACAGAUGUUGACUGGUGUUGAGAAAAUGACAGAGCAGUCUGAAAGCGUGUGAAAAUUAAUGUUUUUUUUACUGCCUGUAGCGUUGUUUUAAUGCAAGAAUAACUUUGCUAUGUUUGCAUAAUUAAUUCAGUUGCACGUGUGCAAAGCUGAGCGAACACACGGCUGCUGUCAAACUAACAGUUACACGUUUCAUAGCAAUAAUGCUGACAAAUAGUUUGUUGUUCAUGCUGUGUGUUAUUGCAGUGUAAGUGAUCACUGCUACAUUUUAUCCAGUAAGCUAUACGCUUGUAGCAUGUACAGAAGUGUAUGAUUCAACAGUAAGUUAUAAUAUUUUGGCUUACUGCCACCUUACAGGUGCAACAAGCUUUGAGACAAUUACCUUUAUGGCCUUUGGUAAAUAAAGAAGGGAUUAAUUCUCUGGCAGUGAUCUUUGCGGGGGGGAGGACCCAUGCACUCUCAUCUCUGUGUUGCCACACCAGCCCUGUACAUAUUGUGGAUCACUAUGGCCCAGAUAGCUGGCCAGGAGGACAGAGAGAAAACUACUGCACUCAAAGAUUUGCUGUCAAGAAUAGACUUAGAUGAACUGAUGAAGAAAGAUGAACCUCCUUUCACUUUCCCCAAAACACUGGAGGAGUUUGAAUAUGCCUUCAAUGAAUAUGGCCAGCUCAGACAUAUAAAAACAAGAGAGCCCUUUGUGUUCAAUGCCAGAGAGGAUCUCCACCGCUGGAACCAGAAACGCUAUGAAGCUCUUGGAGAGAUCAUCACUCAGUAUGUUUAUGAGUUGUUGGAGAAAAAGUGCAACAUGACUAAAGCAAUCCUGCCAGUGGAUGCCACAGAAGAUGAACCCACAAGUUUUAUCUACCUGAGCCCAGAUGCCUUGUCAAACCCUUCCAAGCUGCUGGUGCUGAUCCAGGGCAGUGGCGUAGUGCGGGCCGGUCAGUGGGCCCGUAGACUCAUCAUCAACCAGGACCUGGACUCAGGGACACAGAUCCCCUUCAUCACCAGAGCCAUGGAGGAGGGCUACGGUGUGAUGGUACUCAACCCCAAUGAGAACUACCUGGAGGUGGAGAAGCCAGUCAAGUCCUCUCCCCUGCCUUCUCCUACUGAACACUCAGACGAACCCGCUGAAAAGAGGGAACGCAAAGAUGAUAAAGAGGGCAAAAAGAAGAGAGAAUUUUAUGAGAAGUACCGUAACCCACAGAAGGAGACAGAGACCGAAUGGAUCCCUAUACGGGAGAAUGGUUCCUCCGAGGAACACGUGCUGUACGUGUGGGACCACUUUGUGUCCAAAGCCGCAGCCAAGAAUGUCUUCAUCAUGGCCCAUAGCUAUGGAGGGCUGUCUUUCGUUGAGCUGAUGAAUCAAAGGGAAAUUCAGGUGAAGAACAAAGCGUGCGCUGUGGCUCUGACUAACUCAGCUCACAACAUCUGGCUACAGGAGACCAACAAAGGCACACAGGACUGGAUGCAGCAGCACUGUUGUAACUGGGUAUCGAGUCCAGAGCCCCUGGACACACCACUGGAUCCCAUGCUGCCAGACUGCCCCCGAGUCUCUGCAGGCACAGAGAGGCAUGAGCUGACCUCCUGGAUGAGUUUCAACUCCAUCUUCAGGUUCUUCAGUGAGGUCUUGGAGGUGAAAGAGGAUGAGGAGGCAGAGGAGACCUCCAACACUGUUACCACACGCAGCAGUUCCCUCAAAAACAAACACCAAGAUUUGUAGAAGACCAACAAAAAUGACUUGGAACAAGAGGAAGAGGGAGUGUGGUGGCAAGGGAUCAGAGGGGGCAAUGCAGAAAGGGAGGCUGAGGUUCCAGAUCCUCUCUGCUAUUUUUUGCUUUUUUUCUCCGUCUCCCUCUGUAAUCUCCCUCCAUCUUUCUUUCCUCACUCUACUCCCUGAGUGUCAUUUCUCCCUUCCAGCCCUCCCUGGCUCUGCACACACAUAGCCUUGUUGUUGUAAGAGACAAGAGUACAGGGUCACCAUGUAUACAUCACAAUAACGUUUUGCAUUACUUCUAGAUGAGCGCAACUGUCAAAGCAAUAUGGGCCUGAGUGUUAGCGCUUCCCGUGGGCUGUGGCCUGGCUGCGGGUACGGGCCACGGCAGCAGAGAUUAAGGCUGACAGGCGCUGUGCACAAUGCGCUGUGGUGCACCUCUAAUUGUCCUGACAUCAGCCUGAACUGAGCUAAUGCCCCGCCUGCCCUCCAGUCUGCACUUCUCAGUCUCUUCCUCCGCUUCAUUUACCCCCCUGGUCCUAAAGCCUGGGCUGCUUACCCCGAAAUCAGCUCAUGCAGUAUGGUAUCUUCUGCUAAGAUUCAAUAUAAUUUCAAGCUGAUGAGUGUCCAUUUUCUUUUUUUUAAGCCCUUACCCACCACAGACGUUUUUAACAAGAGUGAACACACAAUCUCGACUGGUGACCAUUUGUUUUGUUUUAACAAAGGGUGUUGUUUUUAUGACUUCUUCAUUCUCUAACUCCUCCGCACAUGCAGUCAGCUUUUAAACCUGACUUUUCUCAUUCAGCUUUGUGUAAAAUGUGGUUCUAACCCAUGCCAUAUAUUUCUGGGAUUGCAGUGCUUAUAAUAAGAGAUAUCUUUUUUUCUCUUAACUUCGAGCUAAAUUUGAAAGCAAUGUCUCAUACACACAUUCACACUAUUUGAUUUUUAAUAUUAAGCCAAUACUUCACAGAGCUGUAAGUGUUUACUUUAGAAUAUCUCCAGGUUUGAUUUGCAAAACAGCGGAGAGUCCAUCUCUGUGUUUAUUAUAAAUAUAUAUCUUUUUUUUUUCAAUUUGAUAUCCUUGAAAUUGAUGUCUCUGGAUGAUUGAAUGUGAUGAAACAAAUAAAACAAACACAACCUGUGCUGAAUAUGGAAAAUUCAGGACACUGAGCAUAUUUAAAAUUACUUAAAGUCAAGCAUCAAAAUGGGUUUGAGGGAUAUCUCAUUUUAACAGGAGCCAGAAGUCAGCUCACAACACUCAUAAAGCCUCAAUAUAUCGCCUUACACAUGUCAGGAAAUCCAAGAUUUCAAUAUUAUUCUAAGCCUGGAUGAUAUUUCCUUAGAUGUUGGAGAAAUGUAACAUAUCUAUUCUUUCCCCCUUUUUUCCUUCCACCAAAGUACUCUUCUUGUGUACUUAGAAGUGACGCAGUCAGCUCCCUGCUCAGCUGCACAUAAUCUGACUAUGUGACAUAAACAUGAUAAAAAAUUUUCCAGAAGGCUGGUGUGUUUUAUAAACCACUCAAGGCUUAAUGGAAUACAUUUCUAAUGUGUCAUGACAUUAGUAAAAACUCAUACUGGAUACAAAAUUUUAUGUUACCUUAGACACAUUCUCAAAUAUGUACUUUUCCUUUUUUUUAAUUUAUUAUUUUUUUUUUUUUUACUUAAUAGUUACCAUUGUUUAACUUUUACACUGUGAAAUCCUGCCUCUCCUGCCCACUCUAUGGUUUAAGGCUUUUGUGGAUUAUCUUUCCGCUGUAAUGAGACAACUGUGGCUGAUGGUUGCAGGCCUAAUUUCCUUUUAAUUUGAUUCAGAUCUCUCCAGGUUUCAGCAAAGAAGUUGGCUUAUUAUUUGAUUUGAUGAGUUUCAUUUCAAGAUACCAUUGCUCAUCUUUCUGCUUUUCAGCUACAAUCAGUUCAUUUUUCACUCCAUAAUUUGUAUAUUGUUGCCUUAGGAAUAAACAAGACUCUGUUCACUGUUUUUAAUAAUAUCCAGCAAGCCAUAUGUGAAUGGAGCUAAAGAUGUAAGAGCCGCCUAAAUCCAAAGCACAGUCUGCAAAUAAAAGAGGACUAAUUUUGCCAAUUGCUCUUGAAGACAUUAUUUUUUGCAGAUGGUUUAUAUGUCUUAUUGGUUUAAGGAACAGCCUAUUUAGUUUUAUCGCUGUAUAAGCCUUUGGAUUUUAUGUAACCGCGAGUGUCCUGCCAGGUCACAUAUUUUUCUUGUAUUCUCAAAUGUUUGUCUCAUUCUGUUUUCAUCCAUUCUGGCGGUUUAAAAAAUGAUUUUAAAGUUUCUGCAACACAGUAAUUACUCUACUUUUACAUUAUUGAUUUCAUGUUUGUAAUUAACCUAUUAAACCUGUCGAAAGAAAAUAAAAUGAACUUUUGCAUCUUG